UUGAAUAUUAUUAAUUUUAAACAUGUUUAUAUUUUAAUGAUUAAUCGUUUAAAAAAAUGUAAUUGUUUUUCUGUAACUUAUAAUUAAAAAUUGUCAUUAUGAAUCAAUUGUUGAAAUUAUCUUAAUUGUUUUAAAUAUAUUGCUGUAUUUAAAAAUGUCUAAUGUUUUUUGUCUGUCAUGUGGAAAGAUUUUCUAUUCAGUUUCAUACGAAGAAAAGUCGUUUUAUCCUUGAUAUUUGGAUGUUCACUUACAUAUUGUAUUGUUAGUUUUCUUUUAAUUUCUCCGAAAACGUUUGAUACAUGGAAAUUACCUCACAAACUGGAUCACAGUUCUUUUGUGUGGAUUUCUUCAGAAGGAGAAUGGAACAACACCUUACGAAAAAAUUGCAGGAACACUGUUCAAGGCAAAGAAUUAGUUGCAGAUGACAGGGGUUAUAUUUGCCAAAGAAAUGAUCUCUUAGCUAAUAACUGUUGUGGAAUUACUGAAAAACGCUAUUUAUGUGAAUCUUGCAAUACAGAUGGCUGUUGCAUGGUAUAUGAACAUUGUGUUUCAUGUUGUCUUGAUCCACAAAAAAAAAAAUUGUUGCAAAAAGUGUUAGGAAAGGCUUCAGAAACAUUUCGUAUAUUAUUUGCUGCAAUUAAUGACCAUUUUGAACUGUGCUUAGCUAAAUGCCGAACAAGUUCUCAAAGUGUACAACAUGAAAAUACUUAUUUAAAACCGAACAAACAUUGCUAUACUACUGCUGACAAACUACCUUAACAAUAUUUAAUAGAAUAAAAAGGAAGUCUGUUAUUCUUAAACUUCUUGAAAUACUUAAAUAUUGUACAAACAUGUGUAAACUGCUGUUAUAAUAAUAUUUCUUGUAAGGACUUAUAAGUACUACAUGGGUUGAUAGUUGAAGUUAAUUUUCUGUGUACAUUAGUGUACUUAUUUAUCUAAUGUUAAUAGGUAUGUUAAAAAAUACUUUCAUAAAUAAAACUUUUAUCAUUAAAAUAAUAAGUAAUAUUUUUAUAUUGGAACCAUAUUUAUUUAUAUGAAAACUAUUUUAAUAUUUUUGUAAAUUAUAUGUUAACCUAGAUAUUAAAAAAUAAAA